AUGGAUACACUUGUCGCCGCAAAUGUUUUCCUUGGCCUUUCUGGCGGCGUCCACACCUGCUACGCCCUGACUGUGGGCGAGAUUUGUCCAAACAAAUUCAAGUUGGCGGGCAGUGCUUUUGUCACUAUUCCGUGUAUUCUGAGCACGGGCUUUGGCGCCUACAUAUCCUCGAGACUGGCCCACACAGGCGCUGGGUGGAGGUGGUGCUACUACUCGUAUCUCAUGAUGAUGAGCUGCGCAGCAAUCAUGCAGUAUCACUUCUACAAGCCUCCAUCGUUCAAACAGCUACAUGGUGGGAGGCGGACACUCAAGGAAGAAUUUCGGCGAAUUGACUUUGUCGGCGGUUUUCUUCUCACCGCUGGACUCGUGAUGUUCUUGCUGGGUAUUUCAUGGGGUGGUCAACCAAUUCCUUGGACAUCACCACGCAUCCUGUGCCUCAUUGUCAUUGGCGCAGUGCUGAUUGUUGCGUUUGUUUUUUGGGAAAUAUAUUCUACCACGCCGAAUCCACUCGUCCCCAUGUACUUCUUUCGAGAUCUCAGAGGAUUUACCUGUUUGGUAAUCAUCUGUUCGGUCUCUGGGGCCUCAUAUGUUGCGCCGACUGUCGUCUGGCCGUCGCAAGUUGCGGCCGUGUACGGCGUCAGGACUACUAAUUGGCAGGAAAACGCCUGGUUGAACACAACCGUUUCUUUUGGCAUUAUUGGUGGAAUUUGGUUCUGGGGACCCAUGGUUUCUGUGGUCAAACAUGUUCGCAUCCAAUUACUCGUCCUGGCUACGAUGACGUGUGCCUUCAACGGUGCCCUUGCAUCCAGCAACCGGGAUAACAAGCAACAGAGUGCAGCGUUUUCUUUCUUGGCCACACUGCCAGAUGGUAUCAUGGAACUUAUGCCGGUUGCGCUUGCACAAAUGGACGCCAAUGACGCUGACCUUGGGACUGUUUUUGGAAUCGUUUUCCUUUUCAGGACAGUUUGUGGCAGCAUAUUCACCACAAUUUAUCUGGCCAUCCUACAGAACAAACUCUUAUUUGCGAUUGCUCAGCGCGUUCCGGCCGCCGCUGAAGCUGCGGGAUUGCCAGCUUCAUCUCUAAAGGAUGUCUUGACCGCUGCGAGUGUAGGGACGGCUGCUGCGUUGGACAAAGUCCCCGGGAUGAACCCAGCCAUUGCUACUCAGAUAAUGGACGCGCUAGUGGAGGCAAGAGUGUGGUCCUACAAGUUUAUCUAUCUUGCAUCGAUUCCCAUCAAUUUCUGCGCAGUGGUUGCUGCUUUCUUUAUCAAGGACUACGAUCCACUGCUCAGCUCGCAUGUUCCACGGCAGAUCUACGCACAUGGUGAAGGCGUCAAAAAGUCUCAGGAAAAGGGGACUAUCGACAUCGAGGAUAGCUCAGGAGAGCGGGAUGGGGAGAAAAGUCAGACGGUGGAAAUUGAUGACGCGGCUGCUGCACCUGCCCAUCCUGCGAGUGACAUGCGUGAGACAAAGAAUUGA